CUACAGUGGCUUCAUUGUGGACCUGAACGACAAUGGACGCAUUGUGGAAAUGAUACCUGCAUCUUCCGGUGCGAAAGUAUCAGAAUCCUUGUCGUCACCGUCGGACUGUACCGCCAAUGAAAAGUCGCGUGUGGAAGAAGUCCUCCGCGUCGAAAAGGAGAUCGACCUUGAGAACAAGAUCGUCCUGCCCGGGCUCUGGGACAGCCACUGUCACGCGUACAGCCUGGCGCACCAGCAGAAGGUCGCGAACUUGCGAAACUGCGGCGGCAUUGAAACCUUCCAGCAAAGACUCCAGGAGAAGUACGACGCCGACCCCGUGGCCGUGCGGAAACGGUUUCUGGAAGGCUCCGGGUGGGACGAAGCAGACCUGGGAAACCAGUUGCCGAACCGCUACGAGCUGGACAAAAUUACCACCGAGUACCCGAUUAUUUGCUGGCGCCGGUGCUGGCACAUCGUGGUGUGCAAUUCGAAGGCGCUGGAAAUCGCCGGCAUCUCCGCGGACACCUAUCUGGAUCGGAAGGACAUCGAUAGGUUCGGGGGAAAAAACGAAGAGCCGACGGGCAUACUCCGCGAAAAUGCCACGGAGUUGCUGUCCGACAUUUUGUAUGCAUAGUUGCAAAAUUUAAAUUAUCGUAGUAGAGACAAAUUUUUGCAUUAGAAAAUUUUCAUCAGAAAGACAAAGUGAACGAAUUGAAUUUGUGCUGCUGAUUCAGGUGACAAAUGCAAAAUCAAUCAUGUACUAUCGCAAAAAUUGCAUAAUCCUACUACGACAUCACUUUUGCAGGGUAUAUCUUGUCGAAGGAGGACGCCUUCGAGGAGAAAGUGAAGUUGUUGUCCAAUGUCUUGCACGAGCUGCCGAAAGCGGGAAUAACUGGGAUUCAGUCAAACGAUACGACGUUGCUCGGACAGGUGUCGGACGCCUGGCAGGUCUACAAUGCCAUCGAGAACCGCUUUGACAAGGGGGGUCCACCAGCUCCACGACCCGGAGUAGAUUCUCGUCGUGUUAGGGAAGUAGAAGAUGAAAAUUUGUCAAGUCAAAUUGCAUCGAAAAAUCACGGUCGUGUUGAAGCUGCAGCAAGGAGUACAUCAUCUUCACUGCCGAUCCGUGUCCACUGGGUGAGCUUUUGGGAUACUCUGCACCCUACUGGAAAAAUAAAGGCGGGCGCAGAAGGAGCAGAGUGCUCUUUGACGACGACGUCAAGCCUAUCACGACAAGCGAAAGACCACGAAGUUGCACAUCAAUCAGGUGGUCGGCUUCCUGUAAGACCGUCCCAAGAACUACCAUAUAAAAGCCCCCUUUUCCUGUGGAACAAGCGAACCAAGAUUGUCCUCGACGGCUCUCUCGGGGCCGGUACUGCCGCGCUGCUCGCACCCUAUGCGGACGAUGAGAAAAAGAAGAACCGCGGGCUGUUGUCCGUCACGGAGCAGGAGCUGGAGGAUGCACUGGAACGCUGCGCCGCGAACGACAUGACACUCGAAGCCCACUCCAUCGGCGACCGCGCGUUUGAUUUGAUCCUCACACUGUUGGAGAAAAAAAGCAAAGCCGUUCCGUCGAAGUGGCUUGACCGGUUGGUCAUUACGCAUUGUCAGAUCGUAAACCAAGAUCUGAUCGCCCGCAUGAAGCGGCUAAUCAACUUCAACAGAAUAAUUACGUGCGGCGCGACGACCUCCAGCACAUCCACUCUAUCGUGUCAGACGCGAAGUGGAUCCUCCGUGGAAGCUGGGUGUAGUUCUGGUGAAACUUCUCUGGCGGGCAGCACUUUGGAGAGCAGGGAAACUACAACAGCGUCGUCCGUCUUCUCCGCCAUCGCAGACAAAUCGUUCUCUGCUACAGGCGCGCCGAUCACUGAAAGCACUGCUGCAGCAGGAAAUGACGUAAAAAUCCAAGCGCAGCCAGCGGACGCCGCUUGUUCCGUUGAUAUCAGUGAACAGAGUCACCUAUCAGCAUCAACAUCAAAUCGCUGUACAAGGAAUCGAACAAUCUGUAUUCAAGAAGAAACGUGUUUACAGUUAUACAGUAUUUUUUCGUGCUAAAUUCAGCAGCAGAAAAAAAACCAUUUGCCGGGAGUGACAGUUGAAGCUCGUAAUGCAGAGAUCAUAUAGGAUAACAUCGAGGGAAAAGGAAAGCACGCAUGAAAAACGAAGGAGCGCGCAGGCAUUCGCAGCCUCGGGCUUCGCGACGCUGUGUGUCUUGCGUGUCCGGCAUAGAAGAUCAUUAUGUGUUGCGUAUGAAUACACUGUAGCACUUUUUUCCUGUCACACUCUUCGCGUCGAUCCAGCCUCAGUUCACGAACUCCGACCUCCCGAUCAUUGAGAAGAAGCUCGGCGCAGAGCGCACAAAGACCGCGUACGUGUGGAAGCAGCUGAAAGAUAAGGCGCGAAUGACCAUCAUCGGCGGAUCCGAUGCCCCGGUGGAGCGGAUGAGCUCUCUGUGCGGCAUGAGGGAUCUGAUGCAGAACUGCUUGCACGAACAGGAGUCCUUCUCGCUCACGGACACUGUGGCGGCCUACACGCGGGAUCCCGCCUUCGCGGCGUUUCGGGAAAACGACCUCGGCCGGCUGGCGGUUGGGUUUCUGGCAGACUUCGUGGUUCUGGAUGUUUUGGAUGUAGCAGAUGAAGAACGUGUACGUGCGCAAGAAAAAAACCUCCGCCAUCCACGUCGCCUUCCAGACUCUCCCUCCGAGUUGGAAGCAGUCUUCGCUCAGAAACUUUCCCGCGUUCCGGGUUCCGUUCGGGUGUACGCGACGUACGUCGGCGGCAUGCUCCGCUAUGAGCGGAAAAAUGAAGACUUCGAUUCUGGUGCCAGCUGUCAGGAAGUCGGUGCAGAGGAAGAUGCAAAAAAAGCUGUAGAUAAUAACGUUUUACAGUUCUGUUUGGAUAGCAACGCACCGGGGCGCGGUGGCUUGCCGAUUUGGCGUUGCCCGUGCUGCAUGUGAAGACGAAGGUCGCGGCUAUGCUAGUACUAGGUAUCAUCGUGAAAAGUUAGAUUUAAAAUACUUACAUACAUGCUUCUUUUCUAUGAGCAAUUCGUUUUCCGUUUCCAAUUUUGAUAGCCUAGUGGGAUGUUGACCCAGAACCUACUCAUUUUUCCCCUGUGCUUGUUUUCUGAUGCGGCUGACGCAGACAUAGUGGAACAACAACAAGCGCAAGCUCAUGACUUCUACUGUGCGAGAAAAA